UGGAGAGUUUUUCCUAACGAUGUUUGUCUCGCCAUAAGAGCGAAAAGAGACGGAAAGUUGUUUUUUUUUUGUUUUCGUCCGUUUCAUUUUUCAACAGAAACGUAUUUUUCCAUACCUUUUAAGGAAAAUAGCCGUUUCUUCAACCGACAAGGGAGUGCAAAUACAUCUUUUUUUCUUUUUUUUAAACAUAUUAUUUCAGUUAAACUCGUCCGUCGCCAUGGAGAAGCGCGACUGUCACUCAUCAACCCAGGAGUAUCCACAUCCGUUCGUCCACAAAGUGAAGCUGACAACAGCCCAGAGGAUCAGGGGCAUCAUCCUGGGCACCAUCCUCUUCCCUAUCCGCGUGGCCCUGGCAGCCCUCUUCUUCCUCAUCAUGUGGCCGUUGGCCCGGCUACGGAUGACCGGCCUGUCUGAGGAGGAGCGCUCCCGGCCCGUGGUGGGCUGGAGGCACUGGCUCUACCACAGCAUCGUCCUGUGGCUGAGCCGGGCCGCCUUCUUCUCCCUGGGCUUCUACUGGGUGAAGGUCAAAGGUCGCCGGGCCGACCUGAAGGAGGCUCCGGUGCUGGUGGUGGCUCCUCACAGCGGCUUCCUGGACAUGGUGGUUCUGACUAAAACUGAACUGGCCACGGUGGUGUCACGGUCUGAGAACAGCAGCCUGCCGGUCAUAGGAGCUCUGCUGGAGUUUAACCAGGCUGUGCUGGUGAGCAGGAAGGAUCCGGAGUCGAGGAAAAAUGCAGUCACUCAAGUCACAGACAGGCUGACCUCCGAUGGCUACUGGCCUCAGAUGCUGAUCUGGCCUGAAGGAACCACAACCAACGGCAGCGCUCUCAUCAAAUUCAAACCUGGUGCCUUCGUCGCCGGAGUCCCAGUCCAACCAGUUCUGCUGCGUUACCCCAACCAGCUGGAUACUGUUCGCUGGACCUACAAAGGAACAAGCUGGCUGGAGGCCCUGUGGCACACAGCUUCUCAGCUCUACACCAACAGCACUGUUGAGUUCCUGCCAGUUUACAACCCCUCCGAGGAGGAGAAGAACGACCCCAACCUCUACGCAGACAAUGUUCAGAAACUCAUGGCCCAGGCCCUGGGAGUCCCAGCUACAGAUUACGUGAUGGAGGGCCGGGUUCCUGUCAAUAAACUGGGCGGUCUCUCUCUCCCGGUGGAGUCUCCUGCAAAGAAAACGCUCUCUCUGCUGCACAGAAACGGUCUGGAAGCACAUGAAGUGGAAGCAGCGCUGGGCAGAAUGAUUGACAGGUGUCAGUCAGGAGCUGAGGAGUCCAAGGCCGGUUCAGAGGAGCUCGCCUCCAUCCUCGGGCUGACGGACAGGCAGACAGCUGUCACCAUCUGCAGCCUCUACUCCAAGGAUGACACUGUGGACCUGAGGCAGAUCUAUUUGAAUGUUGCUGCUCUGUCAGGAUUUGUCAGCUUCGAGUCUCUGCUUCACACUGCCUUUAAUCUGUUUGAUAAAGAGGCCCGAGGCAGUCUGAGUGCAGAGGAGCUGUCGGGCCUCAUGGGGGCGCUGCUGGGCAUCCCUCAGCGCCAAACAGCUGAGCUUUACUCUCUGGCCUCCAGUCAAGGAGAGCUGACAGAAGAAACUCUCCUGCGAGUGCUGACGACCCACCCGACCUAUCAGAGAGCGGUGAACGAGUGCAUGAUGCGUCCGGAGGAGGCGGGCUCUAUGCUGACCAAUGGGAAGGCAGAGAACAACAACGGGAAGAUGCAGAAUGGAAACGGAUCCAUCCACCACAACAAAAAGUUUGAAUGAGGAUUUUUCUUCUUUUUCUCUUAUGGAAAUCAUCCAGAAAUUGGACUCAAGUUUGUAGUAACAACGGGACAUAAUCAGAAUAAUCGUCGACAAAGGAUUGUAUUUUUUUUAACUUUUGUGCCUGUGUGUAUGUGUGUGGAUGAAUUUUUAUCACUGUAACUUUUUAUUACAUUAUAAAACCAAAGAAUAACUUAAAUUAAGCCUAGUUUGUGCGCGUGUGUGUGUGCUUGUAUAUUUAAAUUGUCUUUAUGUCUGCCAGUGAACAUUUUUUAAUCAACAGAAGAAACAUUGUUCAAAACUCACUUUGUGUCUAUUGAAGCAAUAAAAUGUCUUAUUUAUAUAAUUUCCUUUUUAUGUACAUAAAUGUUUUUUUUAACGGGGACAGUGGAAUGUGCGAGAAGAAACUCUGUAAAUCAAAAAAAGUUUAUUUUAUACAAAUGAAUUCUUCCAUUUUUCAGUGACUUUAUUUUACAUGUAAGAAUCAAUUAAACUGUGAAUUAUUUUA